AUCAUUUGGCAUCAGAAAAUAAAGGAUUUGCAGCAUCCAGGCGUAAUCAUCCCUGAGCCUGCUCAGUUCUGCUCAGUUAGCACACACUCGCCUUUCCUUCGUGUAGCUCUCCUUACAUCGACAUGGGAAACUGUCUGACUGUUGGGCCCAACGAAGCUUUGGUUGUUUCUGGGGCCUGUUGUGGUGCUGACGAAAAGACUUAUGUUGUUGGAGGCUGGGCCUGGGCUUGGUGGCUCAUCUCUGACACCCAAAGGAUGACAUUGGAGAUCAUGACUCUCCAACCGCGCUGUGAGGAGGUGGAGACUGCAGAGGGUGUGGCCAUCACUGUCACUGGGGUUGCCCAGGUGAAAGUCAUGACAGACAGGGAUCUGCUGGCUGUGGCUUGUGAACAGUUCCUGGGCAAAUCUGUGAUGGAAAUCAAAGCAGUCCUUCUGCACACUUUGGAAGGACACCUGCGAUCCAUACUUGGUACCCUGACAGUAGAGCAGAUUUACCAGGACCGUGACAAGUUUGCACAGCUGGUGAGAGAGGUGGCUUCUCCAGAUGUGGGCAGGAUGGGCAUUGACAUUUUGAGCUUCACCAUAAAGGAUGUGUAUGACACACUGGAUUACCUCAGUUCCCUGGGAAAGACACAGACAGCAGCUGUCCAGCGGGAUGCAGACAUUGGAGUGGCUGAGGCUGAGAGAGAUGCUGGUAUACAGGAGGCAGAAUGUAAAAAGGAGAUGAUGGAUGUCAAAUUUUUGGCAGACACUAAGAUGGCAGACUCAAAACGAGAACUGGAGCUGCAGAAAGCUGCUUUCAACCAAGAAGUUAACACUAAGAAAGCGGAAGCACAGCUGGCUUAUGAGCUGCAGGCAGCCAAAGAGCAGCAGAAGAUACGUUUAGAGGAGAUUGAAAUCCAGGUGGUUCAGAGGAAGAAGCAGAUCACUAUUGAGGAGAAAGAAAUUGAUCGCACAGACAAGGAACUCAUCGCCACAGUUAAAAGGCCUGCUGAGGCUGAGGCCUACAAGAUGCAGCAGCUGGCUGAGGGCCACAAAAUGAAGAAAGUGCUGAUUGCUCAGGCAGAGGCAGAGAAGAUACGGAAGGUGGGUGAGGCGGAGGCAUGCUCCAUUGAAGCAGUUGGAAAGGCAGAAGCAGAGAAGAUGAGACUGAAGGCUGAGGCAUACCAGCAGUACGGAGAGGCAGCCAAGACCGCACUGGUGUUGGAGGCGUUGCCCAAGAUUGCAGCCAAAGUGGCUGCCCCACUGGCUAAGACGAAUGAUAUCGUAAUUCUGAGUGGGGACGGCAGCCGUGUGACUGGAGAAGUGAACCGACUGCUGGCUGAGCUGCCUGUGUCAGUCAAUGCUCUGACUGGAGUGGACCUGUCAAAGCUGCCACUGUUACAGAACAUGAGUUGUCCUCAAGUAUGAAACUGCCCCGAUCCAGGACAUUAUCCACACACUGGAACUGUUUUUACACUUGAAAACCUCUGGUGCCUUACUUCCUCCAGUACCAGAACACACUCCUGCAUGUGCUGUUUUUCAUCUAUUUAUUAACAAGGUGUCAUUUUUGUAUCAAUUCUAUUCAUUUUUUAUCCAAACAUGGUAUGUAUAUGGUCACGUGGUAUAGUAGUGACUUGCUCAUUUUUAAAUAUUUGUUAAAUUUACUGUAAAUGUGUUUGUAGUUAAAAUGCCACCGUUAUUGCACCGCAGUACUUCACAUUGGCCCUGUUUCAAGAGACAUGUUUUGUUUGACCUAUUUUCAGGGCUAACCUCUGUUUAUGUUCAGAGAGUUAGCUGAAAUUUUGAACCUUACCUAUUCCAGGGCAAAUUUGAUUCCUCUGUAUUUUAACCAUUGCAAUUUAACCAGUGUCUUCUUACUUUGCCUUACUUUUGCAAUAUUGAAUCAUUAACCAUAAUGUAUCAUUAAUAUGGUAUGAUUAAGUUUCUUGAUUAAAUAGGACACCUAUAAGUGUACAUUAAUAAAUAACCAUGGAUUAUGGUUUAGAACAAGAUUCUACACAUUAAAUCCUCAACAGUAAUGUUGAAUUAAGAUUAAAUGUACAUUGUGUAAGUUUUCUCGUUGGGUGAUUUCCCACCUGCUUAUCUCCAUGGAGCUAUUACUUUGUUUGGAUUGCCCCAGAGUAAGGCACUGGACUUUUCCUCUUUUUCUAUUCUUCCUCAAUUACAGAGUUUUGUAUGGUUAGAAAAUUAGUUCAUCAAAGAAACUAUUUAUGCAAAUUAAAUAGUAAAUAAUAGGACAAUGGGUAUGGGAAAACAUACAAUUGCAGUUUUGUAAUCAAUUCUUGUUAGUAGGCUUAUCAUUUUUAUCAUGUUAUUAUAUUUGUGGAGGCUGCAGUUUUAGACAGGGGGGGAGCAAAUCUCUGGUUCACGCAAAGGGGGCUUCAGGGAAAGAAAGACUGGGAACCACUGCUUUACAGAAAUGUUCUACAUGAGCUAUUGUAUGUUGGCCAGAGCAGCCUUUUGCAUGCCUUGUAUAGAUUUUUCUACACUCUGCACUCUUACAUUAAUAGUUUAAUUACUUGUGAAUGGAUGUCACCAUUCAGGGACCACGUGUGUGCUUUACAGAGGCACUAAAUAUGCAUUUUUACAGAGGCUGUUUUUGCUGUCAUUUUAUAUGUUAGGUUUGACAAAGUGUGUCACUGUCUGACUUUUACUGCACCUUGUAAUGUUUGCCCUCCAUAAGCAUUCAAUCAAGUCUCUUGCACUAAUAAACAGACAUGG